CGCGCAUUCUUGCCGAUUCAAAUCAAGCAGAAAUGGCCAUUGAGAAGAAGCACGGCAAAGGCCGUUUGGACAAAUACUACUACCUCGCAAAAGAGAAGGGUUAUCGUUCGCGUGCCGCCUUCAAGCUCGUUCAACUCAACAAGAAGUACGGUUUCCUGCAAAAGUCAAGAUGUCUGAUCGAUUUGUGUGCUGCUCCUGGUGGUUGGCUGCAAGUCGCCGCAGAGACUAUGCCCAUCAAGUCUCUGAUUGUUGGUGUUGAUCUGGCUCCCAUCAAGCCUGUCCCGAAAACAAUCACUUUCCAGGGAGACAUUACCACCGACAAGACUCGCGCUAUCAUUCGUGGGCACCUCAAGACUUGGAAGGCCGAUACCGUCAUCCACGACGGUGCGCCCAACGUUGGUACCGCCUGGGUUCAAGAUGCUUUCAGUCAGAACGAGCUCGUCUUGCACUCUCUGCGCCUUGCCUGCGACUUCCUUGGUCCCGGUGGUACUUUUGUCACAAAGGUCUUCCGUUCCAAGGAUAGUGCAAAGCUCGAGUGGACUUUCAAGCAACUCUUCGAAAAGGUCGAGCAGACCAAGCCCCCAUCGUCGCGUAACGUCUCCGCCGAAACCUUCUACGUCUGCCGUGGCUACAAAGCACCCAAGAAUCUCGAUCCUCGUUUCCUCGACCCCCACUACGCAUUUGCUGAAGUCAAGGAUGCAGUUCCCAACAACGAGGCCAAGGUUUUCAACCCCGAGGUCAAGAAGAGAAAGAGAGAGGGUUACGAUGAGGGUGAUUGGACACAGUACCAUGAAGUCCCCGUCAGCGACUUUAUCCAGACAACAGACCCUAUCGCCAUCCUUGGUGGUAUGAACAAGCUUACUUUCAACCAAUCUGGAAACGGCGACAUUGCCCUUGCAACAAUCGACAAACUCCCAGAGACCACCGAAGAAGUUCGCAUUUGCUGCAACGACUUGAAAGUCCUUGGAAAGAAGGAGUUCAGACUUCUGCUGAAGUGGCGUCUCCAAGUCCGUGAACGCUUUGGCUUCUCUACAAAGUCCACUGAUCACAAAAAGGCCACCGAGGCCGAAAAGAAGGAAGCUGAGGCAGCAGAUGAUGAGGAGAACGCUGAGGUCGAAAGCAUGGACGAGGAGAUGAAGCUACAAGAAGAGUUGCAAAAGAUGAAGGAUGGUCUGAGCAAGGACAAAAGAAAGCUUCGUCGCAAGGAUAACGAGAAGAAGCAGAAGGAGAUCAUUCGUCUCCAGAUGAACAUGACAACACCCAUGGAAAUCGGUAUGGAGCAGGCUGGUCCCAAUGGUGAGGACGCCAUGUUCCAGCUCAAGGCUGUCGACAAGGCUGGUCUUACUGGAAAGCUACAAAAGGGCAAGAUGCAGGUUGUACCUCCCACCGAGAAGAAAGACGACGAGUUUGAUAUCGAAUACACCGAUGACGAGCUUGGUGAUGGUCUUGAGGGCGAGCUGGACAUGAUGUACAACCAAUACACGGAGAAGCGUGAGGCAAGAGAUGCUAAGAUGCGCGCCAAGAAGGCAAGAAAGGAGCGCAACGAGGAUGGCGAGUUCGAGGGCUUCUCCAACGAUGAAGAGGCCGACAGCGACGAUGAUGCUCCUAAGAUCGAAUACGACAGCGACUCGGAUGAUGAGGAGGAGCCUGCUCAACUGGUCACCGAUCUCGACAACACUGCGGCUCCUGCAAACGGUCUCACCAAGCGCGCCGCCAACUUCUUCGAGCAGGAUCUCUUCAAGGACAUUGACGGUCUGGAUGGUCUAGAAGAUGAGGAGGAGGUCAAGGACUUGGACAGUGGUAUCGAAAUGGACUCCAGCUCCGCCUCACCACCACUCAAGGCCGAGAAGCCAACCAAGGUCGAGAAGACAGUCAAGAUCGCGAAACCCGUCAAGGAAAAGAAAGAAAAGGCCAAGAAAUCAAAGGUUCCUACACCUGCCGAACUCGCCGCCGAAGAAGCAGCCUACGAAACAGACUCAUCAGAUGGCGGCUUCGAAAUGGUAAAAAACACACAAUCCCAAUGGGACAAAGACGAAGACGCCAUCCCUCUCAAAAACGGCCGCCCCAAUAUCGAUAUCAUCACAGCCGAAGCAAUGACACUAGCCCACCAACUCGCAACAGGCCAAAAGACAAAACACGACCUCCUCGACGACAAUUUCAACAAAUACUCCCUUCGCGAUGUAGACGGCCUACCCGAAUGGUUCCUCGACGACGAAGGCAAAAACUCAAAACCCCAUCGUCCCAUUACCAAAGAAGCUGCAAAUGCCAUCAAGGAGAAAAUGCGUGCUUUCAACGCUCGUCCCAUCAAGAAGGUCCGUGAAGCCAAAGCUCGCAAGCAAUUACACGCUGCCCAGAAACUGGAGAAACUUAAGCGUAAAUCUGCACUUCUUGCCGAAUCAGAAGAUGUCAGUGAGAAAGACAAGGCGAAUAAUAUUUCGAGAAUUAUGGCUAGAGCAGGCAAGACGAAGAAGAGAAAGCCUGUUCAGGUUAUCGUUGCUGGAAAGGGUAAGCAUCGUGGUCAAGGUAGACCUGGUGGUGUCAAGGGUAAAUAUAAGAUGGUGGAUGCUAGGAUGAAGAAGGAUGUUAGGGGUGAGAAGAGGUUGAAGAAGAAGAUGGGUAAGAAGUAGAUUUGUUAGUUGUUUCUUUCUCCAUCUCAUUGAAAAAGAUGUGUUUUUAUUGCAUAGGGAUCGGGAAUAUGGAGUUUUUUUGCCUUUCUUG